AUGACCGAUUUGCCUCCUCGAGACUCGAAAUCCGACGGCCAUGCUCUUCAACGCCCCAACGGUAUUUCUUCCUCUAUUUCCUCGCCUUCGCCCUCUCCUAAGCCUCUCCAUGUAGACACCUCGUCCUUCGGACAUGCGCCUCGACAUGCCACCCCUCUGCGAACCUCUUUCGAAGCCUCUCCUAUAUCCUCUCCCGAACGCAUAACCGACGCCCAUGUAGAACCUUCGAAUACCUACCACCCUUCGAAUCCUCAAUUCCGCUCCUCGACGACUGCCCCUUCUCCCCCGGCCCCAGUCGAUCUUAGUUCGGGUACCACCUCCGGACACUACUCGUCUCGCACCCACCAACCCACCACACCGACUGGCUCUACGUCUAGCUUCUCCCGUUUCCACGGUGCUGUGGAUAUCCCCCAACCCACGCGGUCAGGUUCGGGUGACAGCCGACGGCGUCUCUCCGUAGGCAGGUCCUUGCAACACAAGACUUCUAAUUCCAGUCUCGCACCUGUGUCGAGAACGCCCAGUAUCAAGAGACCCCUCUCUAGUAGUCUCGGCAGCGCUUCCGGGGCCAGCUCGAGAGUAGCUAGCCCUAUAAUAGCGGCGUUAGGAGACGUGACACCGUUGCCGUCGCCGCUUCUAUCCCAACAUUCCCCCGGUCCCUGGCGGAAACUCGGCAGCAGUCCUCCGUCUCGAAAUAGUAUGCCUAGCUCUGAUUCCCGCUUGACGGCGAGUCCCGGAUAUGUCUGCGACGAUGAUGCGUUACCCAACAACAGAAAUGACGGCGCCUCCGAGAACCGCCCCCCGAACCUAGCCAUGACCGAUGUGGCAAUGCCAACCGGUGGUCCGGGGUUGGGAGGCAGCGACGGAACUCUUAAGAAACCCCAUCACACCCGCGGUCGAAGCAUAAGCUUAUACGUACCGGACCCGUUGUUAAUACCUAAGAGGCAUGGCACCGUAUCUGGAUCACAUAUGACACCUGACGAGAUCGAAUCCGCCGAGCCCCAUCUGCGCAGGGAAGUACAUCUUGCCGAGGCCCGUGGUAUUACUCCAACUGUUGCGAAACCCCCGACACCGCCCCCAAGCGAAUCAUCCAAAGAUGCCGAGACGAGUGAAGGAAUCGCGAUUGUAAGGAAAAGGCGCGAAGAACCCGAAAUUUUCAAGGCGAGAGAUCGCGUCGACGGCAAGACGCGUCGGUGGAAAGCUGUCAGAUUCUUGGGCCAGGGAACCUUUAGUCGAGUGAUCCUUGCCACGAGUCAGAUGGGAACUGACGAUGACACUUAUUAUCUCGACGGAGCCACCAUGGAAGACUCCGGCGCGCCUACCCCGACCGUGGAUCCUGACCGCAAGACGCUCGUCGCUGUCAAGGUGUGCGAGCAUGGCCCCCGCGGCGGCGCGAGUGAGGAUCGCAUCGAGAUGAGCUUAAAGCGCGAGCUCGAGAUCAUGAAGAGUAUCAGCCACCCGUCUCUAGUCCACCUCAAGGCCUGGAGCAUUGAACCGACGCGCGCUCUCCUCGUGCUCAGCUACUGCCCCGGUGGGGAUUUGUUCGAUGUCGCUACGGGUCACCGCGAGCUCCUCGUUCCUUCUCUAAUGAGGAGGAUGUUUGCCGAGUUGAUUGGCGCAGUUUCGUAUCUCCACAAGCAGCUAAUUGUCCACCGCGACAUAAAACUGGAGAAUGUGCUUGUCAAUAUGCCGGCUGCAGAGCUUGCUGAUCCCACUGUCGACUGGACAAAGUACCCCCAUUCCGUCAUUACGCUUACCGACCUCGGCCUUUCAAGACGGAUCGCCGAGGACGAGAAACUCGAGACGCGGUGCGGGUCCGACGACUAUGCCGCGCCCGAAGUCAUCAUGGGGCAACCGUACGACGGCCGGGCUACCGACGCCUGGUCUCUCGGUGUUCUCCUCUACGCGCUUCUCGAGGCGCGACUGCCCUUUGACCCUACGCCGAACAUGAGCGACGCGCACCGCAUGCGCAGUAGGACGAGCCAUCGCAUCGCGCGUGUCGAGUGGAGAUGGGUCGAGUACGGCGGUGAUGACGGUGAACACGACGCCGAUUUCGCCAAGUUUAAGAAGAAGAACCUCCUCGGUGCCAUGGAAAUUACCGAAGGCCUCCUCAAGCGUGCGCGGAGCCGGUGGACUAUCGACAAGGUCGCUAGUUCGGAGUGGGUCACCGGGGCUAUUGAUCUUCCCGACGGCCUCGAAUUUCGGGAGGAGGAAAAGGCCGAGGAGGUUUCAUAA